CGCAGAAGAAGCCAAAUCCCCGAGGCCGGUGCCGGGAGUUUGACGUGGCACUCCCGAUAGGCUCGUGCGCAUACUGUCAAUAGUCUGUACGUUCGGCGUCAUCUCGACUUUACAGGAUGAGCCAGCAGGGUUAUGUUGCUACACCUCCGUACUCACAGGCGCAGGCGGGAAUGGGGGGAUACCCCAACGCAUUUGGGGCGCCUCCUCCACAAUCCCAUUAUGGACACUAUGGAGCUCCACCACAGACUUUUCCUGCACAACCUGCAGGUAUUCUCAAACCAGCUGCCUCCUCUCCUUCUGGGAUGCCUCCACCACCGAUGUCUAGCCAAUAUGGAUCCCCUAUUCAACAAAAUGGCGCACACCCACAGAAGUUCCCUCCACCUCCAGCAGCCUCUGCAUCUGCCAUGUCUCCCUAUGGACAGCCCCCUCAAAGACCAUACCACACCAUGGCUCCAGCUGCUCCUUCAGCCCAACAAAUAACUAAUCAGAUGAAUGCUAUGAACAUUGAUGGAUAUACCCAAAGCCCUGUGCAACCUCCCCAGUCUUUAGCAACACCACAGCCUUAUCAAAUGUCUCCACCACCCACAAUGGGACAUCCAACCAUGUCUCCUCCAGGCACGCAACCUCUCUCGAUGGGUACAUGUCCACCAAUGGUAGCAAGUCCACCCAUCAGUGCUACAGGGCCACAGCCAAUGGGAUUAUAUAAUGCACAGCCUCAUUCUCCUCCUCUGAGUGGAGCAGGAUUUCAACAGCCACCCGCACCUCAGGGAUUUCCUCCUCAGCAGCCAGGAUUAUAUGGAGGACAGAUGCCAGGGUCACCGAUGGCAGGACCACAGCCAGGCGCUUUUCAGGGAGGCUUCCCUGGAGGACCUGCCAACAUGGCCGGACCCCCUCAGAAGAAACUCGAUCCAGACUCCAUACCUAGCACAAUACAAGUGAUUGAAAGUGACCAGGCUAAAAGAGGUGGUCAGGUCUACACCACCAAUCUCAGAGGCCAAGUGCCGCCCCUAGUCACAACCAAUUUCACUGUACAGGAUCAAGGAAAUGCUAGCCCAAGGUUCAUUAGAUGUACUACCUACUCAUUUCCCUGUACCUCUGACCUUGCCAAACAAUGGCAAGUUCCUCUGGCGGCCAUCAUCAAACCUUUUGCCACAGUGCCCAAAAAUGAAACUCCACUAUACAUAGUAAAUCAUGGAGAGGCAGGACCCAUACGCUGUAACCGCUGUAAGGCUUACAUGUGUCCCUUCAUGCUCUUCAUCGACGGUGGAAGACGCUAUCAGUGUGGCUUCUGCAGUUGUGUUAAUGAGGUUCCUGUCCAGUAUUUCCAGCACCUGGAUCACAUGGGCAGAAGAGUGGAUGCAUUUGAAAGACCAGAGCUGUCCCUGGGUUCUUAUGAGUUCCUCGCUACACUGGAUUACUGCAAAAACAAUAAGCCUCCCAGUCCUCCUGCUUAUAUCUUUAUGAUUGAUGUGUCCUACAACAACAUAAAGAGUGGACUCGUCAAACUGAUAUGUGAGGAACUAAAGACGCUGCUGGAACGACUUCCAAAAGAAGAGGGAGCUGAGAGCUCAGCCAUCAGAGUGGGCUUUGUCACGUACCACAAGAUUUUGCACUUCUACAAUGUGAAGAGUGCACUAGCACAGCCCCAGAUGAUGGUGGUCUCUGAUGUAGCAGAAAUGUUUGUGCCUCUUCUGGAUGGAUUCCUAGUCAACUUUCAAGAAUCAAGAGCCGUCAUCAACAAUCUGUUGAGCCAGAUCCCUGACAUGUUUUCUGAGUCAAACGAGAGCGAAACUGUUUUUGCUCCAGUUAUACAAGCCGGAGUGGAAGCAAUGAAGGCUGCUGAAUGCAGCGGAAAACUCUUCAUCUUCCAUUCAUCGCUCCCAACUGCAGAGGCACCUGGGAAGCUGAAGAACAGGGACGACAGGAAGCUGGUGAACACAGAGAAAGAAAAAACUCUGUUUCAGCCACAGCGUGGUGUGUAUGAGCAGCUGACAAAAGAGUGUGUGAGCCAGGGAUGUUGCGUGGACCUCUUCUUGUUCCCUAACCAGUAUGUGGACUUGGCCACUAUGGGUGACAUUCCCACACACACUGGUGGCUCUGUUUACAAAUAUAACAACUUCCAGGUUCAGACAGACAGUCAGCAUUUCCUCAGUGAUUUGAGACGAGAUGUGGAGAAGACCAUCGGAUUUGAUGCCAUCAUGCGGGUUCGAACCAAUACAGGUUUCAGGGCCACAGACUUCUUUGGUGCCAUCUAUAUGAACACGACUACAGAUGUGGAGAUGGCUGCAUUAGACUGUGACAAAGCAGUUGCAGUGGAGUUCAAGCAUGAUGACACACUCAGUGAGGAGGCUGGGGCACUUAUACAGUGUGCUGUCUUGUACACCUCCAUCAGUGGUCAGAGACGGCUGCGCGUUCACAACAUCAGUCUGAACUGCAGCUCUCAGCUAUCUGAGCUCUACAAGAGCUGUGAGACUGACGCUCUAAUCAACUUCUUUGCCAAAUCAGCCUACCACGCUAUUCUAAGCCAGCCAGUGCGGACAGUGAGGGAGAUCCUGGUGAGGCAGACAGCCCAUAUGUUGGCCUGCUAUAGAAAGAACUGUGCUACACCUUCUGCUGCAAGUCAGCUGAUCCUGCCUGAUGCUAUGAAGGUGUUCCCGGUGUACAUGAACAGCCUGAUGAAGACUCCAGUUCUGGUGGGAAGCACUGAACUCUCUACAGAUGACAGGGCUUUCCAUAGACUCAACGUCAUGUCCAUGGGAGUGGAGGAGAGCCAGGUCCUGCUAUACCCACAGCUCGUUCCAGUGCACACCAUGGACAUGGCAAGUGAUUCGAUUCCGAGAGCAGUGCGCUGCACUGAGGAGCGUUUGAGUGACGCUGGUAUAUUUUUACUGGAGAACGGCCAGUCUAUUUUCCUGUGGCUGGGCCAGGCCUGUCCUCCUGAGUUCAUCCAGAACUUCUUCAAUGUGCCCUCCAUGGCCCACCUCAGUUCAGACCCGAUUACAUUGACAGAAUUAGACAACGCUCACUCUAGGAAGCUUCACGCCAUCAUUCUUUCCAUCUCCCAGCAGCGGUGCAAGUCCAUGAAGAUGGUGGUUGUGAAGCAGAAAGACAGAUCAGAGAUGCUCUUCCGCCAACUCCUCGUGGAAGAUAAAGGCCUUUAUGGAGGAAAUUCAUACUUGGAAUUCUUAUGCUCUGUUCAUCGUGAGAUAAGGCAGGUCCUGUCCUAACAUACACACAGACUCAUACUGUAUACAAUCACCAGCUCCUUUAUUAGGAACAUUUGUACACCUGCUCAAUCAUUACUUUAAUAACCCUUUAAUAGCAGUUGCUGACCUUGUGCCUCGCUUUACUGCCAUAAUUUACCUUUUUUAAUAAUGGCUACAUCCACCAUGUUGGUGAGCGAAGUCACGGUGCAGAUUCAUCUCAAAACUGGUUCCAUGAAUAUUAACAUGAGUUCAGUGUACUUCAACGGCUUCCACUGUCACUGGAUCUGAAUUUGAUAGAUGUGGUGCAUCUUCAGGAUGUGGGGAAAUGGGAGAUUCGAUGCACAAAUAUGCAGCUGAGAAAUCGCAGAAAAUUGUGUUAUGCAAUCAUGUCAACAUGGACCAGAAUCUCAAAGGAAUGUUUCCAACAACAACUGGAAUCCAUGCCAUAAGAAGAAUGGAUGUUGUUCAAAGAGCAGGGGGAGAGAGAGGGGGUCCUGGGGUUUAAUAAGGAUUAGUAUGGUGUUCCUAAUAAAGUGGUUGGUCAGCGUAUAAACAAAAUGUGUGCAAGACACUACACACAAAGAACUUCUCGCAAUUUCCAGAGCUGCCUUUGAAUGACUGUGCAACUCCAUCGGGAUUUCACAAGUGUUUUUAUUUUCAAUUUUACUCAGAAUUCUAGUUGGGGAUUAAGCUUUGCUUCCUUGUAUGUAAUGCUAUGUAUUAAUGUCUCCUAAUAUAUAAAAUCUUUUUUUUAGAUGACAGAGUAAAGGAAAGGAUUCUCAAAUUGAAAAAAACAUCUCAUCAUUACCAAAGAAUGAGGAAAAACCAUUUAAUUAGUAUUAAAAAAAACACUCAUUAAAUCAGGCCUUUUUGCUUGUAACGCUUAAGAUGAUGGGAAAAACUGUCUAUUAAAUUAAUAGAUUAAAUCAUUGGAUACCUUUAGAAGUACUGUAUAAGAAGCAUUAGAUCAGAUUUAUUAAACUGCAGUUAUUUGAAGCAAUAUUUAUUCAAAACUUCUAAUUGUUUCAUGUGUACCUCCUAAUUCGGUGGUACUUUUGUGUUGGUCAUUCCAGUGUCGUUCAUGACGGACAUUUUGUAAACAAUGAGACAUUUAUUUCGAGUGUUGACUGUAUAGUUCCAGAAACAAAUCACAUACAGUUUAAGGCAUCUUUUUCUGAUGAGCUUUCCAUGCUCACACAAAAUCUCAUCAAGUUCUUCAUAUUCACUAUACCUUAAUAUUAUUUUUACUGGUACAGCACCAGAAGCAGUAUAUUUUAUUACUUCUGUGAUAUAUUUGAAAGAUUAUGGCUUCUAUGUAAACAUAGCUCAGGUAACCCAUUUAGAGAGGUCCAUGUAACUGCUUACACUAGCCUACAGUGUGGGAGUAGACGAGUAGAUGAAUGUGCUGAGAUAAGGAUGCUGUGCCAUAUACAUUCCAGUUUAUAAAUGUCUAGUAUAAAUACUUUUGAUUAAAAAUGGUCUCUUGAAUGG